CGGCGGCGGCGGCGGCGGCGGCGGGAGGAGGCGAGGAGGAGGGGCCGCGCGCGGCGGUCCGAGGCGGCGGCGGGGACGCGAGGACGCGAGGACGCGGCUUUGUGCAGGCGGGUCGCGGGGCGCCCAUGGCGGAGUGCGGCCGGGGGGGCUCCGCCGGCGGGGCCCUGCCCACCUCCCCGAGCCCGGCCCUCGGCGCCAAGGGCGCCCUGAAAGCCGGAGCUGGGGAAGGCGGUGGCGGCGGGGGAGGUCGCCUGGUCCACGGGCGGGCGCGCUAUGACAGCGGCGGGGUUUCCAACGGAGACUGCAGCCUCGGCGUGUCCGGGGACGAAGCUCCGGCCAGCCCUGCCCGGGGACCUCGCGGCGUUGCGCUCGCCCCGACCCCCAACCCGGCCGCCUGUCCCUUUCCCCGGGAGAGCAAGCCUGGCGGCCUGCCCCGCCGGAGCAGCAUCAUCAAGGAUGGUACAAAACAGAAAAGGGAACGAAAGAAGACAGUGUCCUUCAGCAGCAUGCCUACGGAGAAGAAGAUCAGCAGCGCUAGUGAUUGCAUCAACUCAAUGGUGGAGGGUUCAGAACUCAAAAAGGUCCGCUCCAACUCUAGAAUAUACCAUAGGUAUUUUUUACUAGAUGCUGACAUGCAAAGCCUGAGGUGGGAGCCAUCUAAGAAGGAUUCUGAGAAAGCCAAGAUUGAUAUUAAAUCCAUCAAGGAAGUGAGAACAGGAAAGAAUACAGACAUAUUUCGUAGCAAUGGCAUUUCAGACCAGAUAUCUGAAGAUUGUGCGUUUUCAGUAAUAUACGGAGAGAAUUAUGAGUCACUUGAUUUGGUUGCCAACUCUGCAGAUAUUGCGAACAUCUGGGUUACAGGACUUCGGUACCUAAUUUCUUAUGGGAAACAUACACUCGAUAUGUUAGAAAGCAGCCAAGACAACAUGAGGACUUCUUGGGUUUCACAAAUGUUUAGUGAAAUUGAUGUAGAUAGCAUUGGACAUAUAACUCUGUGUAAUGCUGUGCAGUGUAUCAGAAACCUCAAUCCUGGCUUAAAAACAAACAAAAUUGAGCUUAAGUUCAAAGAAUUGCAUAAAUCCAAGGACAAAGAUGGUACAGAAGUCACAAAGGAAGAAUUUAUUGAGGUUUUCCAUGAGCUUUGUACUAGACCUGAAAUUUAUUUCCUUUUAGUUCAGUUUUCAAGCAAUAAAGAAUUCCUUGAUACUAAGGAUCUUAUGAUGUUUCUUGAGGCAGAACAGGGUGUGGCACAUAUAAAUGAGGAAAUAAGCCUUGAAAUUAUUCACAAAUACGAGCCAUCCAAAGAGGGCCGGGAAAAGGGCUGGCUCUCCAUAGAUGGGUUCACUAAUUACCUUAUGUCACCUGACUGUUACAUAUUUGAUCCAGAACAUAAGAAGGUCUGUCAGGAUAUGAAACAACCUCUGUCUCAUUACUUUAUAAACUCUUCUCAUAAUACGUACUUAAUAGAGGAUCAGUUCCGGGGUCCCUCUGAUAUCACAGGAUAUAUCCGAGCUCUUAAAAUGGGUUGCCGGAGUGUUGAAUUAGAUGUAUGGGAUGGGCCAGAUAAUGAACCGGUAAUUUACACAGGCCACACCAUGACCUCUCAGAUAGUCUUCCGCAGUGUCAUUGAUAUUAUUAAUAAGUAUGCAUUCUUUGCUUCAGAGUAUCCUCUUAUCUUAUGUUUAGAAAAUCAUUGUUCUAUCAAACAACAAAAGGUAAUGGUUCAACACAUGAAGAAAAUUUUAGGAGAGAAGCUCUAUACAACAUCACCCAAUGUUGAGGAAUCUUAUCUACCAUCCCCAGAUGUCCUGAAAGGGAAAAUACUAAUUAAAGCAAAGAAGCUAUCUUCAAAUUGCUCUGGAGUAGAAGGAGAUGUUACUGAUGAAGAUGAAGGAGCAGAAAUGUCUCAGAGGAUGGGAAAAGAUAAUGUGGAGCAACCCAACAGUGUGCCUGUGAAACGAUUUCAGCUUUGCAAAGAACUGUCUGAACUAGUCAGCAUCUGUAAGUCGGUUCAGUUCAAAGAAUUUCAGGUGUCAUUUCAGGUCCAGAAGUACUGGGAAGUCUGCUCAUUUAAUGAAGUGCUUGCCAGCAAAUAUGCCAAUGAAAAUCCAGGAGACUUUGUAAAUUACAACAAGCGUUUUCUUGCUCGGGUCUUUCCUAGUCCAAUGAGAAUUGACUCUAGUAACAUGAACCCUCAAGAUUUUUGGAAAUGUGGUUGUCAAAUUGUGGCCAUGAACUUCCAGACACCAGGACUGAUGAUGGAUCUAAAUAUUGGCUGGUUUAGGCAGAAUGGAAACUGUGGCUAUGUCCUUCGGCCAGCCAUCAUGAGGGAAGAAGUCUCCUUCUUCAGUGCCAAUACAAAAGACUCUGUCCCAGGAGUUUCACCUCAGCUUCUUCACAUUAAAAUCAUCAGUGGGCAGAACUUCCCCAAGCCCAAAGGCUCAGGUGCCAAAGGUGAUGUGGUGGAUCCUUAUGUCUAUGUGGAAAUCCAUGGAAUCCCUGCUGACUGUGCAGAACAAAGGACAAAAACAGUGCACCAGAAUGGAGAUGCUCCCAUUUUUGAUGAAAGCUUUGAAUUUCAAAUCAACCUGCCUGAACUGGCCAUGGUGCGCUUUGUAGUGCUAGACGAUGACUACAUUGGGGAUGAAUUUAUUGGUCAGUACACAAUUCCCUUUGAGUGUUUACAAACAGGCUACCGCCAUGUCCCUCUGCAAUCUUUGACUGGAGAGGUUCUCACACAUGCUUCUUUGUUUGUCCAUGUGGCUAUAACUAACCGAAGAGGAGGAGGGAAACCUCAUAAAAGGGGCCUUUCUGUGAGAAAAGGGAAGAAAUCCAGGGAAUAUGCAUCUCUGAGAACACUGUGGAUUAAAACUGUGGAUGAAGUGUUUAAGAAUGCCCAGCCACUGAUACGGGAUGCCACAGAUCUGAGAGACAACAUGCAGAAUGCAGUGGUGUCCUUCAAGGAGUUAUGUGGCCUCUCCUCAGUGGCCAAUCUCAUGCAGUGCAUGUUGGCAGUGUCCCCUCGAUUCCUGGGGCCUGAUAACAUACCCCUGGUCGUCCUAAAUCUCAGCGAGCCAUAUCCCACGAUGGAGUUACAGGGAAUUGUGCCAGAGGUUCUGAAGAAAAUCGUGACAACUUAUGACAUGAUGAUUCAGUCCCUCAAGGCACUGAUUGAAAAUGCAGACACUGUAUAUGAAAAGAUCGUGCACUGUCAGAAGUCCGCCAUGGAAUUCCAUGAACAUUUGCACAGCAUAGGCACCAAGGAGGGUCUGAAAGAACGAAAACUACAAAAAGCAGUGGAGAGUUUUACCUGGAAUAUUACCAUCCUAAAGAUCCACAGGUGACUCUGGGACAUUGGAGUUCGAGAAGUACUGGGCCACUUUUGAAAAUGGGAGCUCUGAUGUGUCAGUGAAGAACAACCAAUAUAAAACAGUGUGCCGUAUUUUAAAAGGAGGUAAUUAAACCAAAAACCUACAAUUAGGACACCUGUUUCUUUUGAAUUACAUUCAGAAAAGAGGAUUAACACCUCAGAUUUGAGUUUAUAUGGAAAUAAAUGUGUAGAGUGGGAUAAUAGGCCUUUUAAAACAUUACAGGAUAUUUCCUACAGCUGGUCAUUUGAAUAUAGUAAAAUUUAAGGAAUGGCAAGAAUUGACAAGAUCUGUGUGUCCUUUCUGUAUAUUAGAAUGGCUUUUUCCAUUUCUGUAUUUCAAAGCCUUUUAAACUUUAUUUAGAAGAAUGUAUCUUAUAGUCCAUGGCAUCUCCACAUUGUGUAGUUGUUAUAGUGGCAGUGAUUUUUCUUUCUUCAUAGUAAAAUACUGGUGCAUCUCCUAAGCCCUCGUCUUGCCAAUACUAACGAGGUAUGUCAGUAAGUAAAAUUCCACUCUAACUGCUCUUUUUAAUUUUUAGAAAAGUACUUAAUUUUAUUUUACUUAAUUUAACAGAAGAAAAGUAAAACAUAAAAAGGUUAAAUGAAUUGUCAAGCAAUUUUUACUAUAAAAGGUACUUCUUUCCUACAGAAUCUCUCUGAGGAUAAGAAAAGAGAUUGUUAACUCAGAUGUCAUGGCAUAACUUACGUAAAAUCAACACAAGAAGACUGAGGAGGAAGGAUUAUAAAUUGGGGCCCAUCCUGGGGAACUUAGGAACUUAGAUCUUAUCUCAAAUGUUUAAAAAAGGACUGAGGCUGUAGCUUAAUGGGAAAGCCCUUUAUUAAACUCCUAGUAGUGGGAUAAAGAGAAAGAGAUGAUGACACAUGCUAGGAGUUAUUUUGUUGAAUUUUUAAAGAGCUGCAUAUAUCAGUUAGAAGCAGUUAGCUUACCUCCUACUGUGAAAGAUGAGACUAGUACCACGCUAAUAUUUCUAGGUAGGAAACAUUGUUAUUUUCCCUGUUAUCCAAAUUUAAAAUGUUCCCAAGACAAUAAUUCCAUAUUUUUUGGUAUUAAAUUGGUUCACUAUCACCACUAGUCUAAGCAGCCAUCUCUGCCUUCCUGUGGCCAAAGGGAAUAGUAAUGAGAAAGCAUAAAGCUCAGCUGGGAUUUUGGACAUGCUCCUUUGAGGACCUGGACUCAACUUUUCUUCUCAGCAUUUAUAAAAUGUCCUCUUGUCAGAUUUCUCCUGCAUAACUGGGGGAGGGUGAAAUCCAUUCCCAUAGAUUUCCAAUUUUUUUUUUUUUGUCUAAUCCUCAAGAUCUUCUAGUAGAUAGCCAGCAUUGUUCUUUUUUUUUUCUUUGCAAACCUUACUGAGCUAUAAUUUAUGAAAAAUAAAAUUUACCAAUUUUAACCAUACAACUCAGUGAAUUUUCAUAAAUACAUAUAUUUAUAUAGCACCACCAUAAUGAUGAUAAAGUCUACCAUUCACAAGAAUUUCUUUGCAUCUCUUUGGCCACUGUUGAUCUGAGCUCUGUAUUUUCACCUGUUUCAGAAAGUAAUAUAAAUGGAAUUAUAUAGUAUAUAGUCUUCUGUGCCUGACUUCUUUCAUACAGUGUAACGCUUUUUCAUUUCAUGUAAAGUUGAUUGUUUCAGGAAUCUGUUUGUUUUUAUUGCUAAAUAAUGUUCCAUUCUACAGAUGUAAUACAUUUUGAUUAUACUUGUACCAGUUAAUAGAUAUUCGAGUUAUUUCCAGUUUUUAGCUAUUAUGAAUACAGCUACAUUGAACACUCAUGUAAAGUUCUUUGUUUGGAUGUGAGUUCUUACUCUUCUUGGGUGGAUACCUAUGAGUGGAAGAACUAACUGCAUUAUAUGGUACACAUAUGUCAAACUAUAAGAAACUGCUAAAUUGCUUCACAAAAAAAAAUAUUUCUGGUUUGUAUUCCUCUUAGGAGUGUUUAUGAGAGUUAUCAGAACACCUUGAUAACACUUAGAACUGUGGGUUUAGCCAUUCUUGUAAGUGUUUGGAGGUUGAAUGUAUUUUUUUUCUGUGUUUUUUAAGAUAUGGUGGGUCUUGAUGUGAUUUUCUUUGUGUCUUUAGCUUGGAAUUCGUUAAAAAAUUGACUAUGUGGGUUUAUAAUUUGCAGCAAAUUUAGAAAUUUUUUAAUUGUCAUUUCCUUAAAUAAGUCUAGUUAUACAUAUAUACUGCUUGAUACUAUCUCGUAAUACAUGGGAGCUUAUUCAUUUGG